GUGAGUCGACUUUCAACAGACCAACAACAAAGUGCCCGUGCAGCAGACAGCUCCUCAGUCACAUGUCAGAGCAGGUUUUAGCUCGGAGCUCCAGCUUCUCCCCGCAGACCAGCUCGCUGAGGCCGGAGCAAAGGAGCAGCAGAGCCGGGGCCGUGUGUGUCCGUACCGGGGGGAACACAAGUGUGAGAGGCAGGGGGCUUAGAGUCAUUAACGAGGUGAAAGCCAUCUGUCAGCCACAGCAGGGGCGGCCCUGCUGCCGGCCCACGGUGACAUGUGGACGGCGCGUCCGUGGCCCUUUAAGAAACUCCAUGUUUUCGCUACUUGAUGCGUCAACAUAAAAAGCGGAUGAUGCUGUUAUGUAAAAACACGCUGAAGUCACUGGUAGUUUGCGGGAGGACGCCUCUCCGCAUCCCUCGCGACCGGAUCGUGGAUUAAAGUGGGUUUUUACGCGCGGCGCACGGAGCUGCGCAGAUAGGAGUGAACACCGAGAGGAAAAGGGCUUCGGUCGAUCAACUCAACAUGAGUCUGCUUCCACUGGGUUUUCCUCCUCCACUCGAGGGAAGUGUACACCUGACGCAUCUCCCCCUCGUCCUGUGGAAGUGAUCCCUCUUCCCUCAGAACCAUCGACCCCCGGCUCGUGUUCGGGCUCCAGGAAGAGAGUGUAUGGACUCAUCUGAUGAUCCAUGAUGAGGUUCAGUGAAGGCCUUUUCUGAGCUGAAGCACACCGUCGCAGGACCCUGUGGAUGAAGAGGAGAAGGUGGUGUAUCUGCUCACGGACGCUGAGACCAUGGUGAAAGCUCAGCGGAGCCAGUCAUUGAAAUGCGGACAGCGCCAGAAAGAGAAGGGAUGCAAGGUAAAGGGAGGUGGCGUGCCGAAGGGGAAAGAAAGAAAGAUUGAGCUGAAAGGGAAGAAAAAGAACGAUAAGAAAGAGUCCCACCGGAGUAGGAGGAAGACGCUGGUUGCAGGCGAUGGAGAUGCACUGGACUGUUGCGUCCUGCUCACCCGUCUGGAGGAGAAAGCAGUUGUGGGUAAAGAAAAGUAUGCACCAAAAUCUGGGAAACAAAAGAACGAUAAAAGCAUGAAGAAGCUGCACUCCAGCUCCACUCAAAGAAGAACCAAAUCUGGACUAAAGAAAACAUCCACAGCCAAUCAACAAGCACUGGAACCAAAAAGCAACCAAUCUGACGCCUUACUCAUGUUGCCCACAUCUGUCCUUGAGCCCCGCAGGCGCAGGAUGGCCUCUCUCAAUGCAGAGGCUUUCAACAGCCUGCUGCUCUACAGAGGCAGCCCUGCAACGUCAAAUGUCAUGAAGAAACCGCAGGCUUCUACUGAAGAUCCAGCUAGAGAUAGUCUCGCUAAAACUGAACACAGAGAUCAUAAAACCAAAAAGGUUUCAUCAGGAGGGAAAGCGACACUAAAAGAAAAACCUAAAAAACAGAAGCGGUCGUCAUUGGAAGCGCUUGACAUUGACUGGCUGAGCUUGCUCACGCCAACCCCUCGGCGUAAAGCAGGUCUCACCGCCGCAACUCUGCUCAAACUCACUAGUGCCCCUUACGGAACCAAACGGCAGAAGAAAUCAGAGGCCAAGCCAGGGAGUGGCGUUAAAGCCGCAGCAGCUACGACUCAGGUUGAGGUUAGCGGUAAACCGUUGUGUAAAGGGGCAACGCAGACCAAAAGAACAAUGCAUCCCGAGCAUGAGGAGCAACUAAAGCACAGACAACAGGGUACAGGGGAUCCGGUUCGUUCCCAGCUGGGCCCCAACAUCCAGGGAUGCUGCAGUUUAUGUAAGACAGAAGCUUUGGAUCCCGAGUGGAAAGACGCCACAGGGGGGCAGGAGUGUCUCAGGCACGCACUCCAUUGUGGCUCCGCUCUGGGAUUUUCCUUAAAAACAAUCAAAGAGGAGCAGGUGGAGACCAAGGUGUCCUCCUGCUACUGCUGCUCCCAGGAGAGGUGUGUCGAGUACUGUCACAGACUGGCCCUCUUCCUGGAGGACAAGACCUUCAAGGAACCCGAGGACGGCUCGCUGGCCGACGUGUUCCACCACCAUCAUCACCACCAUCAUCACCACCAUCACCAUCUGCAGUCUCCUCAUUCUGUCGCCCACUCAGCACCCAUAACCAUCAGCCCGCACACUUACACCUGUUUCCCUGGCUACUACGUCCACUUCAGCCACCCGGACCCCUCCCCCUCACCUGGGACGCCCCUCACUUUAUGCCCAAGGAGUGGCAAGAGACCCAAGUUACGCCCAAGCACAAGUCCGCAGCCCUCAGGGAUCAGCCAUCCGGUGUACUGCUGCACCUCGGUGGAAGCGUGCUACGGAGAGCCCUGCAGGGUCAACAGCUACGCCGCGUAUAGCAGUGUGAUUCCAGCCAUCACCAGAGGGGGGUGCUCCUUUGGCCCCGCAGACUGCACAAACUGUAACCAUGGCAUCAAGAGAGAAGACUACUCAUCAACCCUCAACGACCAUCACAGCCCCUCUUCCAUCCCCAUCUCCCCCAGCCCCAGAAUUCUCACUGGCUGCCCCGUUCCCACCGUGCCUCCAGCCGGCCAAUCAGUGGCCCACGUUCAGACUCCGCUGUCCAACCCCAGCCAACCGCAGCCACCGCUGCAGGUGGGAAAGGAGUGUCCGCAGAGUGCCAAGCCGCCUAGUGGGUCGAGGUCUGGCGGUCGCGGCAACGGCACCAUCGGCUCAGCUGUCUGCCCUCUAAACAGGGACAAGAAACAGAAGCCCAGCUCUCCCAGUGUCAAAGAGCGGUCGGUUGCCAAGCAGCCGAAGAACUGCCGCCAGAAAACCACCAACGGCUGGCGGGCAGUUGGCCUGCCCUUUCAGAGGGAGGUUUUCUCUGUGGGAGAGGAGGCUCCUGUGCUGAGGAAGUGUUUUGAGGGCAUCCAGAGGGACGGGGAGCUGAUUCGGGUCAGAGACACUGUUCUGCUGAAAUCUGGGCCCAAGAAGAAGUCUCUGCCUUACGUGGCCAAGAUCUCAGCACUGUGGGAAGAGCCAGAGUCAGGAGAGCUGAUGAUGAGUUUGUUUUGGUACUACCGUCCAGAACACACGCAGGGGGGACGCAACCCCAGCUUACAUUGUGAGAAUGAGAUCUUUGCGUCUCGUCACCAGGAUGUGAACAGUGUGGCCUGUAUUGAAGACAAAUGCUAUGUCCUGACAUUGGCACAGUAUUGUCGAUUUUGUGCCUUGGUAACACGCCGUAGGGAAGGUGUACACGACAGUGCCGCCUCCCUCGUGGUGCCACCCAUUGCUGGCAACGCCAUGCCCACCCACCACUGUGUGCCCGAUGACAUCAACCCAGAGCUGGUGUUCUUCAGCCGACACGUCUACGACUUCCGCUUCGGUCGCCUGCUCAAAAACCUGCAGUAGCAUGUGAUGUAUGCCAUGACUGUGGGACUCGAGCUAAUGUUUCUCUGGUUUCAUCCUUUACAACUUUGUAUAACUACAAAACUACCUGCUGCCUCUGUGAGAGAGGAACUGGACAUUUAGGAUGAAGGAGACACAAGCUUAUCUUUAUUUGAAAUUCAUACUCAACCGCGCCACAUGUUUAUUUAGUGAGAGUCCUGGUCUGACAUACGGUGUUGUAGAAGAGUCGUUAUGGCAGUGUAAUUGGGCUUCAUCAUACAUGGCUCUCUGGUGUUGUAGCAGCUGUGUGAAAACCCUGGAAUGUACUCUGCUGUAGAAAAUGCUACUGUAGCUCUUAGAAAUGUGACACUUGAUAUAUAUAUAUAUAAGGAGAAGUUGAUGUUACAUGUGAACCAUGUUACCAUCUGCCUGCAGAUAUCAGACACACAAAGUAUCAGUUAUACGUCAUAGAUAAAGAUCAUGCUCAUCAUUAGAAUUCCUUUUUCUCAAAGACAAUUCAGACUAAGGUUUCAGAGUAAGACGCAAACUUGUGUCUUCAAGUAUUGGUCAUUGUGUCGAUUCACUUUGUUGCCAGAAGUUCUUUGAGUUGAUCCAAUCUGAGGUCAGUGAAUAUAAAGCUGCUGCCGGCAGAAAUUUAGCAAAGCUCAGCAUAAAUACUGGAAACAAUUGGGGGAUUGACCAUCAGUAGCGAGGUCCCUUCGAUGCACUCGACCAAGCACAGUGUUAGACUUUAAUCAUCCUUUCAUCCUGUUUUUAUCAUACCAAAUGUAAUAUAAAACCAAGCCUAUCGGAGAAUGAACCCUUUGGUCAAUGUCCCAUCCAAUAACAUGGAGGAGGCAGGAUCAUUUUUAUGAUCCUGCCUCCUUAUACCUUUACCGCAGCCAGCAAACAAGACAUUUUGACUUCACUUUUAUGAAACAGUUAUGUCUUUUGUCUUUAUCUACUGUCUUUUUUGGAAAGAGCCGGGCUAGCUGUUCCCCUAUUUCCAGUCUUUAUGCUAAGCUAAGAUAUUUAGCUGUUUGCUCAGGCAGACAUAAAUCUCAGCGAGAAAGUAGCUUAGUGUAUCUCCCACAGUUUCAAAUAAUCUUUUAUCUAACAUUUCCAUUUUCAUGUGAGUGUGAUUGACUUGUAGGUCUAUGUAGUGAACUCCGGACAAAGCUGCGAAGAAAGGAGAUUCGGUUAAAUAUACUCACUGAUCAGUUUUGUGCACGGCCACAAAUGAAAAGUGGAAGCAGUUUGGCGACAUCGGUUGUGAGUCUCUAAGAUAAUUAUAGGUUUUAUGACAUAUCUGUUGCCCUGAAAUGGUGAGUUGUCACACUGUAACACAGACGUGCGCUCUACAAAGAACGCACAGGUGAGUUUGUUUGGUCUUGCGGUGUGAAGACGUCCAACGAGCCGAGCAUUGAGGGGGUUCGUGUUAUGCCAAUGCUGAGGAAUACUUUACUUUGUGAUUUGACUCUGGUGUCAGCGAACUGUAUAUUUGCAUUUAUACGUUUGGAAGAGCGCUUGUUUCUGGCAGAUGGCAACAGUUAGUCACCUAUAUUCUUGUUUCUUCACUGAUGAGCUGCGUAGAGUAAUGGAUUCAGUGUAGCAUUUAGAUCUGUGAUGAUGAUUCAUUCCUAUGUUUGAGAGAAGAUAUGUAUUUAUUUCUGUACUGAGAAAAUAUAAAUUAUUUUCAGAAGAUAAUUUUAAAGAAUAGAGUUUUAGAUGAGUGGCUUUCAUUUCCUGAUUAGAGAGCAGGUCAAAGUCGUCUCUCGUCAUUAGCUGCACUGUCGAAGAUGAAAAGCGCGUAUGUCAUUCGCAGUAGAGUUCCUGCGACUGAUUGCUCUCCCAAUAGAAGCCUGUGAAAUGUUGCGUAGAGAUGUUUAAGGUCCUCCAGGCAGAUUCAAGGACACACCUGGAGGAUCUGGAAGGAUAUCAGAUACAGUUUGAAGGACACCUGUUAACAUGUGAUGUUUGAUGCUCAAACAUGCAGGACCAAAAACCUUUAUGUUUGCACCUGUCCCAGCUUCCUGUCAUAGUCUCCUUUUCACGUCUCCUCCGAUGACGAAGCUUUGCCUCCUCACCUUUAAAUUGCUGAAUGCUACGUUGAUUUAAAACGUACCCUGCCAUUAGCCUGUGCCCUUGAUCCUGCUGCCUUAUAGAACAUUCCCAGCCUUUCAUUUAGAAGUGUGUACCAAUCUCAGCUUGGGGUUGUGAAACCUUUUAGUGUGCUGAUCUUGAUUCCUCGAUGCUUGAAAGGCAUCUCAGGUCUGUCUCAUACAUCUGAUCAGAAACGUAAAACUGACCCUUAAUCAAUUCUCACUAUAACAAAUGUCUGCAUAUGUUUUAUUUAAUCACUCCUGAGGUCAAAAUGGUUGUUAAAAGAAAAGUUUGACAUCUUGAAAAAACGUGAAUUCUUGCAGAGUGUUGGGAGGAUUGAUGCCACAAGUAUGAAGAUGUAGCUUAGCAUUAGCUCAGCAGGGGAAGACAGAGGCUUGAUCCUGUCAGACAAGGCAACUAAAUCCACCAACCAGCACUUACAAACCUCACUAAUAAACUUGUUAUAUCUUCAUUAUCUGUAAAAAUAGAGAAUACUGCUUCCUGUCUCCACGAAGAUAAUGCUGCUUUCAGACAUGAACUUCACAAAACCUUCGUAUUUUCUUUGGACGAGGUUCUUGUGUGAACGUAAAUGUCCAAGUGAGAGCCUCCGGAUUAUUUGUGAACUUUCUCAAAUAAAGAGCCAUAAGAUGUCUUGGACAUUUCCGUUCUCUUGUACAGCCCCUCUUUAAAAUGAGGGACAUGUAUGGAGUUCAGUGUGAAAGCAGCAUUAGAAAGAUAAGGGUGGUCUUGAUCUUUUCAUCUAAUUCUCUACAAGAAGACGUUUUUUCUUCCAGACAUGUCAAACAUUUCUUUUCUUUGGUUGUAGUUUGAUUUGUAACAGUUCAUUUUCCUCAGUUUGGUAAAAACAAAAAAGCAUCAAAACGUCCAAAGAAAAUCCACGACUCCCUUCUACAUAAUCCAGCUUUUAUCUGUCCAUCUGGAUGCUCAAGUUCCAAACAGUCCCAUUUUUUGAUAUAUUAACAAAGACUAUUUGGCCAAGGUCAGUGGAUGGUGUUAGCACAACACCGAGGUGAUUUAUAAUACAGGAGUAUUUGAGACGUUUCAGUCUUUUGCUCUUCUUUGCACUUGUCAGCAUUUAAAUACUUACUGUAGUAUCCAACAUGUUGCUAGCUGGUGCCAGAGAGCACAAAAGUAGACUGGAUGUGGGUGGUGCUUUAGUCCCUGUACAUCCGGUGGCAUAGAUUCAUUUUGUGGGUUAAUUUUACAAAAAUAUUAUUCGCUAUAAUUAUUUAAUGGAUUAAUAUUUGACUUUCAAACAAGUCGCCUUGAAUUAAAUUAUAAUUAUUGGUUAAUUAAAUUCAGCGGGCUCAAACGGAGCGAACUGAACCCCGUGUUUCAAUCUGCUUUUCAUGAUGAACCACAGGGAAUCAGUGUGUUUUAAAGACCUCUCCACUGGGCACAAGAUUUGACUGAAUAUUCCUUUUUCACAUGGCACAAUCAUACAAACCAAACUAUAUUGGGUUUCAUUUUAGUUUUUAAGACCCACUCGGUGUUCCAGGAUUAGGGUUAGGAACCAUGCACAAUACAGACAAUAUUUAUACAAAUAACUGGCUUAACUUUGAUGGCACAUCAUUGUAUAUCAUGGACUGAUUUGAAAGAGUUAAAUAGGAACCAUCACUAAUUUAUGAUUUAAAACUUAUGUUCAAGUUUCAAUUGUUUGGCUCGACUACGUUAAAAAAACAUGUUGAUCCGCUGAUCUGUGUAUUAUGGCCUUACAGGAAUCAUUCAGCAAACUAAUGAGGUUUAAUCAAGAUGUGUGAUACUUAUGUCUUAGCUGGUCCUCUGUGCCUGUUCCCAUUAACCCGUAUAUAUAAAUAUAUUCCAAGCGUUUUCCAUGAAGAGAAGGACGAGCAUUUGCUGUCGUUUUUAUUCACCUUACGAAUGCCUUUCAUUUUUGUCAGAUGAUGAUACUGGUCUCUUCUUGAAUCACCACAAAGAAAUGUCCUCACCAAAAACAGAGAGAGCGAGAGAGAGAGAGAGAGAGCGAGAGGGUGAAAGAGGAGGGAUACAUGAAUUUAACUUCAUUCCCAGGUGUACAAAAACCUAAACUUUAGUUCUCAUGUGAAUUUUAUGUUCGUAUUCUUUGCAUGGCGUUUUGGAAAUCUUGGAAAUAUUAAUCACAGCACAGAUUAUUUGUAUGGUUUCAAAUGGACCUCUGUAAUAUAAGAAAAAAUAUUUAAUUGUAAUAAAUAAUAUAUGAGUUUGAA